CUUUCCUCUGCAUUUCUCCUCUGUUUUUCAAAACUUCAACACCUAAAGAAAAAUGUCGAAUCUGGAUGAGAAAGACAAGCAAGUCUUGCAAAAUCUCGAAGAUGUCACAAGUAAUGCUGAUGAAAUCCAACGGCGAGUUCUAGCUGAAAUUCUAUCAACAAAUGCUCAUGUUGAGUACCUGAAGCAACACGGUCUUGAUGGGUCUACAGAUGUUUCGACCUUCAAGAACCUCAUUCCUCUUGUCUCUUACGAACACUUAAAACCUUAUAUUGAUCGUAUUUCCAGCGGCGAUGAUUCUCCAAUUCUAUGCGCACACCCCAUUACAGAUUUUGCAAGGGCUGAGUCAGUAACUAAAGGUGGAAUUGUUGCUCGUUCUGCAUCUACAAGUUUGAGCAGAAGUUCGGAUUUCAAUAAUAUGGAAAGUGGAUCUUAUACAAGCCCAAACGAAAUCAUUCGCUGUACAGAUGCAUACCAAAGUCUAUACUGUCAAUUGCUAUGUGGGCUUUUACAGAGAGAAAAAGUUGUUGGAAUUGGUGCUCUUUUUGCCUCUACUUUAGUUUAUGUUUCUAAGUUCCUUGAAAAUCAUUGGGUUCUUUUAGCAAAUGAUAUACGAACGGGAACUGUAAACACCAAAAUUACAGACCAAUUGGUAAGGGAAUCAGUCAUGAAUAUUCUGAAACCUGAUCCUCAGCUUGCAGAUUUUAUAGAGUCUGAAUGCAGCAAAGGAACAUGGGAAGGAAUCGUUACAAGAUUGUGGCCAAACACCAAAUUCAUUAAUGCUAUUGUGACGGGAAGCAUGUCACAGUACAUUCCCCAACUUAAUUACUAUAGUAAUUGUCUGCCUCUUAUUUCUCUCUUCUAUGCUUCUUCGGAGUGUUACUUUGGCAUAAACUUGGAUCCAUUGAGUAAACCUGAGGAAAUCUCCUACACUUUUAUUCCCACCAUGGCCUAUUUCGAGUUCUUGCCAGUGGACAGGGCAAAUGCUAAUAGAGAAGUAGGCCAAGAAUUAGUUGAUCUCGUUGAUGUCAAGUUAGGACAAGAAUAUGAGGUUAUUGUCACCACUUACACUGGCCUCUACCGUUAUUGCAUAGGUGAUAUUGUUCGCGUGACAGGAUUUAAAUAUAAAGCUCCAUGUUUUAGUUUUGUGUGUAGGAAAAAUGUAGUAUUAAGCUUGGAUUUUGAGAAAACAGAUGAAGCGGAGCUUCAUAAUGCAGUAAAAGGAGCUGGUGAGCUUUUGAACCCAUUCGGGGCCACUAUUGCCGACUACACUAGCUAUGCGGAUAACUCAACGUUUCCUGGACACUAUGUGUUAUAUUGGGAAAUUCACUUUAAGGAAGAAAUCUCCAUUAUUCCAUCUUCAAUAUACGAGGAUUGCUGUCUCGCUGUUGAAGAGUCGCUUAAUUCAUUAUACCGUCAGGCAAGAUCUCACCAGAAAGUUAUCAAUCCAUUAGAGAUAAAGAUGGUAGAAGCGGGAACUUUUGACAAACUCUUAGAACGAGCAACGUACCAAGGUGCUUCAAUUAGCCAAUACAAGACACCUCGAUGCGUAACAUCUACCCAGAUUGUCGAGCUUUUGGAUACAAAAGUUGUUGCCAGUUAUUUUAGUAAAAAAUACCCCAAAUGGGAUCCCACUUGUCGGCAUCGUCUUUUUGCCCUUUGCCAGUACCCCUAUUUGAUGAGGUAAGUUAAUUUAGAUAACUCCUUGUGUAUUUGAAGUUUGUGAUUCAUUGGCAGUACUAUUUGGGUGGUCAGUUUAAUUUUUGUGGAAGAGAUUAAUGUUCAGUUUUUCGUUU